AUGGAGCGGAGGCCAGGGAAGACAGCAUAUGCUCGGAGGAACCUCUUUGGCCCCGUAGACCACAAGCAGCUGCAGCAGGACUUCCAGCACAUGCUCCACAACAGUGUCAAGGGGGCCCAGCAGAAGUGAAAUUUCCUGCGGGACAGGCUAGCGGAGGGGCUCCUGCAGUGGGAAGGGCUGGAGGGCCACAAGGUGCCUGCUUUCUACAGCUGCAUGGUGGGAGAGGCUCGGAGACCACUGCAGCACUUGUACUGGCCACUGGACAGGGAAGACAACAGUCACCACUUUGCACAGAUAGCACUGACAGAGAAACCCAAAACUUCCAUGAAAACAGGAGCCAAAAGGAUCCCAGAAGGAAAGAAAAGAAGACAGACAUCUUUAACAGAUUACUACUCAGCAAAGAAGCAAAUCAAGACGAAUAAACAAGCUGCUGCAAAGAAGCCAACUUUUUGA